GUGAAAUAUCAAAAUAUAACUUGAAUUAUCAUAUUCGGGAUGCCGGCCACGUACAGGUUUCGCCUCCCGGCCAUUUAGCAUACAAUCUAGCCAGCUGGCAUUUUGUGCAAUCACAAGAAGCUGCAAAUAUUGCUCGAAACAUCCUCGCUACUUGUGGGCGGACACAUGAUAUGUACUCCGUCUUUGAUGACCCCGGGAACGAACUCUUCAUACAGUUUUGGCCAACUGCGCUUACUCUUGUUUUACAAGCACGAACGAUCGAGGCGGCAGCUCUGCUUGCUGUACACCCCAGUGCAAAUUCAGCAGCUUUCCGAAAUAUUAGACAGUUACUGAAUAACAUGCCACUCUCUGAAUCGCGAAGUCCCUUUUCAGCAGGUUCCGAAAUUGGGUCCACGGUAGCAGGUCCAUACGAGGUGCCGAAACUGGUAAUACCCACGGGUCUGCCCAUGUUCUGGUUAGCACACGUCCGGAGGUUCAUCUCUCAUCUGCGUCCAAAAUAUCGCGUGCGAGACCCCCGAAUGUCAAAAGACUCUGGAAACCCAACACUUCCGUGGCUUUAA